AUCGAACGGGAGGAGUCUCUUCUAGCUACGUACGCGUUCGCCGUUUGUUUGUGGACUCGAGAUAUUGGUGAUAAAGGAGAUUGUGGUUAUUAAGCAAAGAAGAUGAGUGGAGUUGGAGAGAAAGCUUCUGGAACAACUAAGACACCUGCUGAUUUCUUGAAGUCUAUCCGUGGUAAACCAGUUGUUGUGAAACUCAACUCUGGUGUUGACUAUCGAGGCAUUCUCACUUGUCUUGAUGGGUAUAUGAACAUCGCAAUGGAGCAAACCGAAGAGUACGUAAAUGGCCAGCUAAAGAACAAAUAUGGCGACGCUUUUGUCCGUGGCAACAAUGUUCUUUACAUCAGCACAACGAAGGGGACCUUGUCAGAUGGAGCCUAGCUCUCUUUCAUCACCAUGAAUGGUCUUCUUCUUCUACCUCUGCCAUAUGACAAAUGUAGGAUUUGUAAACCACCAGAGAGAUUUUUAUCUUCUCUUAAUCAAUUUGACAUGUCUUU